AUGCAUGUGUGUAGAAUGACUGUUUUGAUCUUUUAUUUGCUUAUCACCUUACCUAGGUAUGCGACUGCCAGCGCCCGCUCUGAUGGUCUUCUACUACUAUGUGGAGGGAGGGAUGCAAGUAGUGUGCCACUGGCAAGUGCUUAUGGGCUUGCCAAACACAGGGAUGGUCGUUGGGAAUGGGCCAUUGCUCCUGGUGUCUCACCAUCUCCCAGAUAUCAACAUGCAGCAGUUUUUGUUAAUGCUCGUCUUCAUGUAUCUGGAGGGGCUCUUGGUGGUGGACGCAUGGUAGAAGACUCGUCAAGUGUUGCUGUUCUGGACACUGCAGCAGGAGUUUGGUGUGAUACAAAGUCUGUUGUCACUAGUCCAAGGACUGGUAGAUACAGUGCUGAUGCUGCUGGUGGUGAUGCAGCCGUAGAAUUGACGAGGCGCUGUAGGCAUGCUGCUGCUGCUGUUGGUGACUUGAUCUUUAUCUACGGUGGUCUUCGUGGUGGGGUGUUGCUGGAUGACUUGCUUGUCGCUGAAGAUCUUGCUGCUGCUGAAACUACUAGUGCAGCUUCUCAUGCAGCAGCUGCAGCUGCUGCAGCCAAUGUGCUGCAAGGGAGGUUAUCAGGUAGAUAUGCUUUCGUUGAUGAUGGGACAAGCCUUCCUGGUGCUGCUGCUGAUGGUGACGUUGUGGUAGGAACUCCCGUUGCUCCCCCUCUAAAUGGGGAUAUGUAUACUGAUAUUAGCACAGAAAAUGCAAUGCUUCAAGGUUCCCGAAGACAGAACAAAGGUGUUGAGUACUUGGUUGAGGCUGCGGCAGCAGAAGCUGAAGCUAUUACUGCUACAUUAGCUGCUGCUAAAGCUCGGCAAGUUAAUGGAGAAAUUGAGCUUCCAGAUAGGGAUCGGGGUGCAGAGGCAACCCCCAGUGGAAAACAGAUCUCUACCUUGAUUAAGCCAGAGUUGGAAGUUUCUAAUAAUUCUACUUCUGCUGGAGUUAGGCUUCAUCACCGUGCUGUUGUUGUAGCUGCGGAGUCUGGUGGUGCUUUAGGUGUGGCCAGACAGCUUUCAAUCGAUCAAUUUGAAAAUGAAGGCAGACGUGUCAGUUAUGGAACUCAAGAAAAUGCUACAGCAGCUAGGAAGCUAUUAGAUCGUCAAAUGUCUAUUAAUAGCGUACCAAAGAAGGUGAUUGCUCAUCUUUUAAAACCUCGUGGUUGGAAGCCUCCAGUUCGCAGACAGUUUUUCUUGGAUUGCAACGAGAUAGCAGAUCUUUGUGAUAGUGCUGAAAGAAUAUUUGCAAUUGAACCUAGUGUACUACAGCUCAAGGCUCCUAUUAAGAUAUUUGGUGAUUUGCAUGGACAAUUUGGGGAUCUUAUGCGCCUUUUUGAUGAGUAUGGAUCCCCUUCAACUGCAGGGGAUAUAGCAUAUAUUGAUUAUCUCUUCUUGGGAGAUUAUGUUGAUCGAGGCCAGCACAGCUUGGAAACCAUAACUCUACUCCUAGCUUUGAAGGUUGAGCAUCCGCAUCAAGUGCAUUUGAUUCGCGGUAAUCAUGAAGCUGCAGAUAUCAAUGCACUUUUUGGUUUUCGAAUUGAGUGCAUUGAACGCAUGGGUGAGAGAGAUGGAAUCUGGACAUGGCAUCGAAUAAACAGAUUAUUCAACUGGCUCCCCCUGGCGGCAUUAAUCGAGAAAAAAAUUAUUUGUAUGCAUGGUGGUAUAGGAAGAUCAAUAAACCAUGUAGAACAGAUUGAAAAUAUUCAGCGCCCAAUUACAAUGGAAGCCGGAUCGAUUGUCCUGAUGGACCUGUUAUGGUCUGAUCCCACAGAAAAUGACAGUGUAGAAGGAUUAAGACCAAAUGCAAGAGGUCCUGGAUUGGUUACCUUCGGGGUGAGCAACUUCCUCAUUCUGUUCCCCCUCACCCCUCCAACCCCAAAGAAUAGCUCCAAAUAUUGAUUAUUUUAAUCAAGAACAAUGCGACAUCCGAGCUCCAAAUAUUGAUUAUUUUCGCGUAAUACAAGUCAAAUAGCAUCUAUAGUUUGCAAGUUGCUGAUGAAUGAGGAAGCAAUUGAAAGAUAUGUAAAUUCAUAUGUGGGUGUGGCAUGCCACAUAGUUGAUCAAGCCAAUUAGUUUUUUGGAUUUUUUCUAUUCUUUUGUUUUUAAUUAUGGUGGAUUUUUGAAACGUCCAAGUUAUUAGGGUCAAAAGCUGUGAUUCAACUGUCAAUAAGAAUAGAAUUAUGGCAGUUCAGUAGUACCUAGCAUAUUCUAAAAGGUUGGAUGAUACUCCCCCCAGAACCUUUUAGCCUGUUUGUUGAUUGAUCGAGGAUUAUAAGGGUGAAUAUUAGAAAUUGGUUUAUUUUAGUGGAGACCUAGGCUACUCUCAGAAUUCACUUGGAAGUCUAUUUAAUAAAAUAUGCGAGUUACAUCACAAAAAUUCUUGAAGUUUUGGGAGACAUUAAUUUGAAGUUACAAGCAUGAAUCUACAUACUUUUUUCAUUGAAAAAGAAAGUAGUGCAAUGACGUAUAUUCUGGGCUUUAUCUACUGGAAUUGAGGGAAGGUCAUCUUGUGUCUGAUGCGUGCCUAAAACGGAAAGGUAUUAGUGAACUCUUCUAAGGACUGGAUAAUGAUGUAUUUGAAUAGGAUAUUUGGAAAUACUAUGCUAUGCUAGGCAUUGUUGGCCCCUAUUACGUAUGAGAUUUAUUCUUUCCACAGGUGAUUGUCAUUGUUUCAAGUGCUAUCAGCUGUACAGAUUGCUUGUUACUGUCACAUUAACGCCAACUAAUAUUAUGUUGAAAAUUGAAAUAAAUUUGAUGUCCAAUGUUAAUUUGCAUUGUUUUACUGCACGGUUACCCAUUUAUGAUCAGUUU